GCAUUUUUAUUGAUAAAAGUGAUAAAAGUGAUAAAACUGAAAUUGAAAAGCAAUUUUUAGAAAGUGAUAAGAUCAAUGAAAAUUUACCAAUAAUCAAAGAAAAAUUCAACAAUAUAUAUACAAGUAAACCAUUUAACACAUUGGAAAUUAGUGAAAGAUUAUCAAAACUAAAACUUAGUAAAUCUGUUGGUAUAGAAGUUCCAAAUGAUAUUUAA